UAUAAUCUAUGGUUUAAAUUGUUGAAAACUUGUGGCAAGCAGCUUGUUUUUCUUAUGUUUGCUCUUGCGGUCCCGUACGUAUAUUUCGAGUCAGUGGGCUAGUGUUUACUUAUUUACUAGAACUAAAUAAUUCAUUACAAUAAUGUGCUACUGACAUCUGGUGAUUUAUAUAAUUCGUGUUCAAUUAGUUUCGAAAAUGGCUACCGUAUUCGAUAGUCCGUUUAUUAGACAACGUAUACAUCGGCUGCGGCAUCGUGACUACGAUUUUGACGAAGAUCAGCGAUUUAGAAGAUGUGACUGUACAAGUUACUCUUAUUUCGUGCUUUCUAUGGUCCUGUUCUCUGUUGGUACUGUUAUAACUGUAUUGGCCAUGGGCGACGCAGAUGGAUUCAUUUUAAAUAAUUUAGGACACAUGUGGCUCGUAGGACCGAUUUUUAUAUGUUCAGGCAUGAUGGUGGCUGUGAAGAGUAUGUUAUAUUUGCGCAGAAAAAGUGUUAUUCAGAUGCUUCUUCACCAAAGGGCGAUCAUUAGGGAUAUGGCAGCAGUACAGGCCGAACAAGCCUAUAGUGGACAAGUACCUCGUACAGCCUCGAGUGCGACACUUCCGCCUUCGUACGAUGCUUUAAUAGCAAAUGCGGCCACAAGCAAACCUCAGCCGUCGAGCUCUGAACCACCACCCCCGACUUAUGAUGAAGCUAUGUAUCUAUUGGAUGAUGAAAAAACGAAAAUGGCAAACAGAAAUGAAGACAGUGCCAAACAGGAAACUAGCACUGAAACUGACACUGUGGACAGCAGUAAACCUUGAAAGAAGCAAACUUUACUUAUAAAACUUGUUUAUUUACUUAUUGUUAGUUAUCUAAGAAAGACUUAAUCCUUCCUUUUGUACUUAUACUAUAUAUUAUACAGUCACUUUGGUAUAGUAUUCUCAUAUGUGCCUAAAACAAAAAUUUUGUAGCGAUAUUUUAUAAGUAUAAAUGUAAAAGUAAUUUAAUUUAACAAGAUAAACAAUGUGUAUUUUGCAAAAUUUACUGCCAAUUGCUGCAGACUGAUAACGGCAAGGCUAUUGUAAAAAGUAUGACAAUGGUUUGUGAUAAGUGGAUUAUGUUUUUUCUAAUCUUCUUAUACCAUUUCAGCCAGGAGCGGAUCCAGGAUUUCGCUAAGCAUAAGAGGCAUUUUUAUUAUCUAUUGAAUUCAAGAGAGGGAUCGUAAAUUUUUCUUAAGUUCCAAUAUAAAGUACUUUGACUUGGUAAGGAGGGGGUGUUCAGUUACCUCUGCUGUCCAAUGCCUAGAUCCGUACCUGAUUUCAGCUGUGAUUUUCAUAUUUUAUACAAUCUGGUUGAUUUUACAUGUUGAAUGUUGUGAUUUUUUCUAUCUGAUAUUGAAAAGGAACUGUAAUUAUCCAGGUUAGUUUUAUAAUAAGUAAGCAUUUCCUUAUAAAAGAUUAUUAAUUGUAAGGAUUAUCAAAUCCCAAAAUGCAAGUUAUAGUGUGUAAUAUGUAUAAACUAUAAUAAUAAUUAUAUAUUUUUUGCCCAGUGUUGCCUGGUUUGGAAGAAUGCUACAUAAUUACUCCACUAUUUUCAUAUAAUAUUUAUUUUAGGAAAACUGUGCAUGGAUGUCAUUUUCAACAUAACUAUUACUUAUGAACUAAAUUUAAUAAUGUCCAUUACUAAAUAUAACAUAGUACUAUUCUUGACAUUUAUCAAUAUGUUUGAGACUGAUGGAACAUGGGCUCGAAACUUAGAUGAGUGUAUACAAACAAUUAAUACACAGACAUUAUAGGGCGAGAGGAAGGUAGCUGGCACAAUAUUUUAUUAAAAAACUUUUUAUUGUCUUCUCGAAUGUUUUAUAUCUAACUGUAUUUAAAAUUUUCAUAUUCAAUGUGAAUGGGCUGUAGAAUAUUUAUUUUUACAUUAUAUAUUUCAGUUAAAUUUGAACCCCAUGUGUGCUAUUCAUCCCAUUUGACAAUGUCUUUUAACUUAUUUUUACUUAUAUACAAUAGCCCAGGCCAAGAUUAUUAACUAAAGCACUGUUGUGCCUUGGCAAGGAUUUAUAAAGUAAGUAGCAGUACAGAAAAUAAAGAAUAAAUAGUUGUUUUGUACAAAGUUGAUAUUAUGUUUGAACAAGCCACUCUUAUGAGUCUUAACUAUUUUAGUCAAUUUGGUUAUCUCUGGUGCAAUACUGGGAUUAUGUUGCAAUUUAAUCUCAACAGCUUAAUGAUUGAACUGUCACAUGCAAUCCAUUUGUAUCCAUGACUAUGUAUAGGUUUUGUUUUUUUGCCAGCCCCGUCUGGUUGCAAACCAUAGUAUUUUAAUGAUAUAUGAACAGAGAUUAUGGUGUAAUGAGUUUCAUGUUUCAACAAAGUAACAGUUAUAUGUUAUUCUGUCCUUACAAUAUAAACUUAUAAAGACACACCAAGACAGUAGACUAAUCAGAUUUAAUAGAGUAGUGUUCUUCCACCAUGGGUUUAUCAACAGGUCGACAAUUAUAAUCGGCGUAAAUAAAUUUUCUUCUCACAGAUCAAGAUCUGUUCUGCAACUUGGUCAAGCUCCUAUGAAAAUAUUAACAAUCCAAACUUUUUCCUCUCAGAUAAAAAAUGAUGUAUGUCUUAAUCUCUAUGUGUCUCUAACAAGUCGAAAUCUGUGUGUGUAUACUGUAUACAUGUUAUCCAUAUACUUUAUUUUAACUAUUUUAAGACAAUUUAAAUUUAGUGAGUAGUCUACGAGUUUGAAUUCUGCAUACACUAUGAGUAAAGAAAAUGUAAUAGGCGAAGUGGAGGUUUUUAAUUAGUCUCCUUUUGCUUUAGACUAGUAGUGCAGAACUGUAGACUGCUUAGUGCUUGCUGUGGUUCUGAGGCCUUAAAUUAAAUAUAUAAUUUAUAAGUUUAUAACAAAAUUUAAUUUUAUAAUUAAUGUACAGAAGGUACUUUACUGGGAUGAAGCUAAUUAUUUUAACACAUAUGCAUUUUUAAGGUGUUGUAUCAAAAAUACUUGUGGUCUGUAAAAAGUAAAAUGUGACUAAAUAAUAUUAAAGGACAUUUGAAUGUACUUACAUAUUGAUAAGUUGAAAUCAAACCCAAUGGUUGUCUUAAUUCCAACAUAAUUUAAUGUUUAAGACUACAAAGUGUUCACUGUGUUAAGGAACAUGAUUAUGUAUAUUAUGCUCUAGAGUAUUCAACCAUGUGGCCUUAAAUUUAAUGAUAAUUUUUAUUAUUUCCCUUACAAGCAAUUUGUGUGCACAAGUGUAGGCUCAUGUUAAUAGCUUUCUAUGUUCCUGUUAAGAUUUUGUGUCAAAUUGGGUUAUAUUUGUAAAAAAUCAAGGAAUAGAUAUAUUUUUGUACAUUGCUGAUGAAACCCACUCUAUUUGACUAUGGGUUUACAAUUUACAUAAAUAUUAUGGUACCAAAGUUAAUUACUAAUAAAAAAUAUUAUCCUGAUCAAAUAUGUAAACAUCUGCUAUAAAAUGUUGGUCAAUCAAAGUAUAUCUUUACAAUAAGAAAUGCUUAAUUUAGAUCUGGUUGCUGUAAUACACAGCACUUUCUAAGCUGCGAAUAUUUGUAUAUGGAUCUCCCUGGAAUUAAUAAUUAUAUACACUGAGUUAA